AUGUCGAAGCAGGGAGACGACAGCCGUUCGCCAACCGUAUUAUCACGGAUUUGGUCGAGACUCAGACGUCUAUUUCACCGUUCAAGCCGCCUGCCAAGCCAAUCAGCUACCCAAAUUUCCAGUAACGGCCAAACAGACGAUGAUAACGUUCAAUCUACCGGGCCUACGAAUAUCUCGAAAACCAUAGCAGCGCCCGAUUCGACCAGUAACAAAUCUCUUGCAGACAGUCAACAAGACGCUACUGCGAGCGACAAUGUUGUUCAGUCGGAAGCAAAGUCCGAGUCGAGUCUCUGGCAAGAGGCGCUCGAGAAAACAGAUAAAACGACAAAGGCCCGCAUUGAUAAAUACAUGAGUCGUGAGGAUAUCAAGGUUCAGAUUGAUGAACUAAUUGGUAUCGUACGAGAGAGGGAAAAAGAGUUUAAAGACAAAACACACAAAAUCAAGAUUGGAGAUCGGGAAAUUAUAUGGAGAGACUAUGCCAAUCGGGUCGUUUCCUGGAUAACUGAUAUCGGCAACUUUGCAGUUAAGUUUGCCCCAUCUGGAUCUGAAGUUGUCUGGUCGGCCCUGAAAGUUCUUCUCAAGGCCCACGUAGAUCAAUGCCAGCAACUCACUGCCCUCUUGGGGUGCGCGGAGAAAGUUUUGCGCUUGGUCCGGCGUGGCAAAAUUUACGAAGCUAUUUACAUCGAAGGAGCUACCGAGACGAGUUUCAAGUCCUCGGAGGGCCUGCGCGAAGCACUAGUCAAUGCAUAUCAAGCGUGUCUUAGCCUUCUGGCACUUACAGUUGAUUGCCUCCAACAGACAAAUAUCGUUCGAUUCCUGCAUGCCCUAGAAAAUCCCCGGGGGGAAGGUAAUGAGAUGGUCGGGGCACUAAGUAAGUCGGAAGCCCUCCUUUCUCGCGAGGUACAAGCUUGUGAAGCCGAGCAAAGACAGACGGAAAAUGCAAAGAACAGAGAGCUCCUUCAAAGAUUAAACGAGCCUCUACGGUACAUUGACCAGCGAAUGGCUGCUCUAUUUACGCAAGUGGAAAGGAGUAAACAUUACGACACAUUGGACUUUAUCAGCAAGGUGAACAUCGGCAAUCAACAUCAGAGAAGGAAGAACACAAGGUUAGAAGGAACUUGCGACUGGCUAUUGGAACGCCAGAAGUUCCUUCACUGGGAAACUUCCAGCAUGUCGUCAAUUUUCUGGCUCAACGGUGAAGUUGGCGCCGGAAAAUCUCUACUUACUUCUAAAGUCGUUGAUCGCUACUACGUCGAUGCUCAGAGGCUGAUAGACGAGGUCGAUAGCCCAUUGGUCGACGAAGGCUUCGCAUUCUUCUACUGCAGUAAAGGUGAUGCUGACAUCCAGGAUGAUUUGGAAACCCAUCUUCUCAGAAGCUUUUUGCGGCAACUGGCUACCGUUCCGCAUUAUCCGACGAGCAUGGAGCAAAGCCUCAUUGGGCUCUGCGAUGAAAUGAGGAAGAAGUCUGAAGUAUUCUCUGUCCAAAAGUGCCAAGAGAAGAUAGUGCAGCUCAUCAAUAUUCUUCCCCGCACUAUUUUCGUUUUAGAUGCCCUUGAUGAAUGCGACAAAGGAACUGCCAAGAGACUUGUGAAAUUCUUCACGAGACUUAUGGAUGAGUCUCAAAGCCUUAUCAAGAUCUUUGUUUCAAGCCGAGACGAGCAGCAUAUUCGCAGAACUAUCUGUAGCAACCACACGGUCGAAAUUACCAUCAAUAAGGACAAUCAUGACGAUAUUGAAAGGUAUAUCAGCACGACAAUAGAAGAGGUGGGCGAUGAAUGGUCAUCAGAUGUAAAAUUGGCUGUGGAAGAGAAGCUGUCCAAGGGGCACCAUGGAAUGUUUAGAUGGGCAUUCCUGCAGAUUGAUCAGCUCAAAUCCCUCACAUCCGCCGAGGCAAUCUUGGACCGUCUCGAGAACCUCCCCAAAGACCUCGUGGCAGCAUAUGACGAGAUUUAUAAUGAAAAACAAGAAUUUGAUCGAAUUUUGCUGCAACGGGCUGUAAGAUGGGUAUUAUAUGUCCGAAUGCCACUAUCAACCGAGCAAUUGCUCUCAGCAGUCCGGUUACAAGCUAAGCACGACGAUCAAAAUGUCUACACUUUGGAGAAAUCCAGGGAACUGACCAAAUUGCAACUUGCACAAAUCUGCUGCCAUCUCAUAAAUGAGGAUGUCGAAGAUGAUGCUUGGAAAUUCGCUCAUGCAUCCGUCUUGGAAUACUUUCAGACCCAACAUCAGUCUUGGAUGGAAGAAACAGCCAAAAUUGAGCUGGCAAAGUUGUCGCUUCUAAUUCUUAUUAAGCGUUAUAGCGCAUGGCCACUUCCAGAAGAUGCAUGUAAGGGAUUGAUUGAAAGCCCUCCUCUCCGCCCCAUCGACGUCUCAGGCGACUUCCGAUCACGACGCAGGAGUCCUAAAUUGGAAAAUUAUGUGUCAGUUUUUUGGCCGUGGCAUAUCCAAGCAACACAAGCUGGGGAUAAUGGAUGUCCACAAGUGUCACAUCUUCUCAAACGGUUUAUGGCAGUCGAGGGCGAAACCUUGAGCUCCAGCGAGGAGUAUCGAAGAUGGAUCCAACACGCCUCGAGACAGAUGCGUUUUAAGCUGAUUAAGGGGGACUAUGCACAUCUAGUGGACGGUCUAAGUCUCAACAGCAACCUAGUUUUCUGGAUAAUAGCUCUCAAUCUUUAUGCUACAGCAAAAACAUGGAUGGGUGGCCAUCUCAAUGUACAACAACUCAACUGGCAAGGAUUUGAUGCUCUCGCAUUCGCUGCUCGGCACGGCCACGACACACUUUGUGUCGAGCUAAUCAAGAUGGGCAGCGAUACGAACAGAAUCCUACAUGUACGUGAUUGGAGUGACGCGUCUUUGUCUAUGAAAACAAGUGCGCUUAGGGAAGCCGUUAUGGGGAAGCACGUACCUUGCGUCAGGACGCUUCUGGAGCACAACGCUGAUCCGAAUCUACAUACAUCCUCUAUAGCUAUUUGUGAAGCGGCACAGCGUAACACCGAAAUUUUGGGGGCUCUCCUUGAAUAUAAUGCGAGCCCAAAUCUUUUGUGUCCGGAAGAAUGCCGAUUUAAUUCUGCAUUAGAAGCGGCCGCAUGUUGGGACGACUCUGCUUACAGGGCGGAAUUGUUAAUCAACGCCGGAGCGAUUAUUGACGCGGAUCUCCCCAGGGCUGGCACUGCACUCACAAGUGCCGCGUUCUGGGGCUCACUAAAUAGUGUUAAGAUUCUUGUCAAGCAUGGGGCAGAUGUGAAUGCUCAUCUAAAAGUUCAGCGUGGUAGUGUCUUGGCCUCUGCUCUUUUCGGUCAGGGUGACGUGGCCUUGUUAAAGUUUCUUAUCGAGGAGGCAAAGGCGGAUCCGCAGAAGAUGAUUUCUAAUUUUCCACGUACUAGUAUAGUGUUUAUGGACGAUACUAGUGCAAGAGCCUUAAGACUGCGAAUGAGGUAUGAAAAGGCAGAUUAUUUAAUUAGCGGGCAACAUCUCACUCGCGACGACUUGGUAAAUAUUGGGUAUAUCAGAAAUAGUACUGCUUAA